CUCCCCACCACACCGCAAGUAUUAAGCUCUGCGACAAGUUGACGGGUGGCGUAUCGAGCGCUUUGAAUCCUGUGAUACAUUCGGGGAAUUAUGGAUUCAAGCUUUUAGAUUUUACCCUACUACUACUGUUGCCUUUUCGGCCGGAUGAUUGGUUGAUUGGAUGAGUCGUUCUUGGUCGGUGAUGCCGAGAAAAAGGGGGUGGGGAGGACGUGUGUUUCGCCUUUUCAGGGAAAAGGAAAAAAAGCGGGAGAGACAAGACAGGCGUUUUUUUACAUUGCGGUCAGCCAGCUGAAAAGAUGUUUUGGCUUUCUGAUUGGCCGUACCGAGGGGUUGGUUGGAUUUGGGAAGGUACGGUACUGGACAAUUGGACGGUGCCCGUCGGUCAGUCGGUCGGUCGGUCGGUCGGGAUAUUUUUGAGAUGGCGGGUCAAGGCUCCUGCUGCCGUGAGAGCGGAACAAUUUUGUUGUACGAGUACAGUACAAGUCAUACCCGGUGAAUGUUGUCUCGGACUUUUUUUUAUUUUUUAUGACAGGGCACUCGCUUGUGGAAUGGUAAUCUUGGUUCAGCAGCGGAAGUCAAGUGCUGGCCUCCGGACGACAAAUCCUCCUCCUCCUCCUGGUAAAUUAUGCAUCAUUCCAGUCACCUUAAUUUACGAAGCACGAAUCAGCGAUUAG